AGCUGCGAGUCACACUAGCUCCAAACGGUCGCCUGCCGCCCGAUGGUUUGAACCGCGCGAGGCAGCUCAGAAUUUGUUGCGACUAUAAAAACAAAUUUGCAAAAAUUUCUAUCAGUCAGUUACGGUUGAUCUACUGCGGUGGUAACAUACAUCCAGAGGUGGCGGCUGACCAGUGGCGUUGUCCUGGGACGAACAACCUCUGGUUCUUCAAAUGGAUUAAACCCGUGUUUCAGUGAUAAAUUGUUUUCUCAAUAGUGAACAGUGAUUUCAAUGAAGAUUUUAUAAACCGGAAGGAAGAAAUUGGAAUAUUCAAACCAUAUACCAUUUAGUGAUCCAAGUGGCUAUUUUGUUAGUGAAAACCCGACAGUUUGGGAAAUCGGAAUUUUUAAGGAAGUGUGACAAAAACCCACAGAUUUGAAAAUGUCCGCGACGGUUGAGCCUGCGGAUCCCUUGAUGGCGAAUGCCCAUAUUGCUUCGCCGAUGAAUGUGUUUUAUUUUCUGCUGGCGCCGGCUUUGCUGCUGUGGUUCAUCUACUGGCGGAUAUCCCGGCAACAUAUGCUGAAGUUGGCCGAAAAAAUACCUGGCCCACCUGGAUUACCUCUGCUCGGAAAUGCACUGGAGUUGAUUGGAACCUCUCAUUCCGUGUUCCGCAACGUAAUCGAGAAAGGAAAGGACUUCAAUCAGGUCAUCAAGAUUUGGAUCGGACCGAAGCUGAUUGUUUUCCUGGUGGAUCCACGUGAUGUCGAACUGCUCCUCAGCAGUCACGUUUACAUCGACAAAUCGCCCGAAUAUCGUUUCUUCAAACCUUGGCUGGGUAAUGGUCUCCUAAUCAGCACAGGUCACAAAUGGCGCCAACAUCGCAAACUCAUCGCUCCUACCUUCCAUUUGAACGUGCUCAAGAGCUUCAUCGAUUUGUUCAACGAGAAUUCCCGACUGGUGGUGGAUAAGAUGCACAAGGAGGCCGGGAAAACGUUCGAUUGCCAUGACUACAUGAGUGAAUGUACGGUGGAAAUUUUGCUUGAAACCGCUAUGGGAGUAUCCAAGAAAACUCAGGACCAGUCCGGAUUCGAUUACGCUAUGGCUGUCAUGAAGAUGUGCGAUAUCCUGCAUCUUCGUCAUCGCAAGAUGUGGCUCUAUCCGGAUCUCUUCUUCAACAUGUCACAGUAUGCCAAGCGCCAAGUCAAACUGCUGGACACCAUCCACAGUUUGACGCGUAAGGUCAUCCGGAACAAGAAGGCCGCCUUUGCAACUGGAACACGAGGAUCCCUGGCCACCACUUCCAUCAAAACAGCCGAGUUUGAAAAACCGAAAUCCAAUAUCAACGCCAACACUGUAGAAGGUUUGUCGUUCGGUCAGUCGGCCAAUCUGAAGGAUGAUUUGGACGUCGAAGAGAACGAUGUUGGAGAGAAGAAGCGAUUGGCAUUCCUUGAUUUGUUGCUGGAAAGUGCAGAAAACGGUGCCCUAAUUUCGGAUGAAGAAAUUAAGAAUCAGGUCGAUACCAUUAUGUUCGAGGGUCAUGACACGACUGCUGCCGGAAGUAGCUUCUUCCUCUCAAUGAUGGGAAUUCACCAGACCAUUCAGAACAAGGUCAUUCAAGAAUUGGACGAUAUCUUUGGAGACUCUGAUCGCCCGGCAACAUUCCAGGACACUUUGGAAAUGAAAUAUCUCGAGCGAUGUCUUAUGGAAACAUUGCGAAUGUACCCACCAGUACCAAUUAUCGCGAGAUCCCUAAAGCAGGAUUUGAAAUUGGCAUCCAGUGAUUUGGUUGUACCAUCGGGGGCCACUAUCGUUGUCGCUACCUACAAAUUGCACCGACUGGAAUCGAUCUACCCAAAUCCCAGUGUUUUCGAUCCGGACAACUUCCUUCCCGAAAGACAAGCCAACCGUCACUACUAUGCUUUCGUACCAUUCUCUGCUGGACCCAGAAGUUGUGUCGGUCGCAAGUAUGCUAUGUUGAAGCUGAAGGUCAUCCUUUCCACCAUUCUGCGAAACUUCCGCGUAAUCUCGGACCUCAAAGAGGAAGACUUCAAACUGCAGGCUGAUAUUAUCCUGAAACGAGAGGAAGGUUUCCAGAUCCGCCUUGAACCCCGCCAGCGCAAACCAAAAGCAGCGAAAGCCUGAAGCAAUAAAUUGUAUCUUUAAGAGCUAAUGUAACAUACAAUCAAAACUUAACAGAUCCAUGUCACACAAAAAAAAACCUGGAACAUUCAUAGUGACGAAGGGUGUCUACACCAUGAUACAUAAUAUAACGACGCAUUCAUAUUUCGAUUGACGUGACAAUUGAUCUAAAUGAUAUCAUUAAAAUGUAAGGACCUAAUCAACUGAUUAGAUCACGAUACGUAAGGGGAAAAAGCACUUAUUUUAUUGAACUAGGAUAUAUACUUUGAUGAAGCUUGUAUGUGUGUGAUUUAAUACAAACGGAAUAAAAGAUAUAAAAAACA